CAUACAAAGUUGUUAUUGUUUUGUAAUACGUAUAAAACUUUGUCAAUAUGGAACUAAAGGGAAUGUUUCAAGGGUGGGGAUAUCCUUUGAAGGGCUUUAAACUUUGAGCUUUGAGGCCACGCGGUGUUUCGGUAUACACUAUAGAGUAUAGUUGCCGAAUGCCGAUACGCUCAGUCCACGGCACACUCGCUGACCGAGCGCUCGUGCAGCGGCUGUGUUUGCGUACACAAAAAAAAAAUACGAGAACAAAAACAUUGUGCGAAAGAACUUUCCCAAAAACUGUGUGACAAUAUAGUACAUUGGAUUUAUUAUUAUUGUUGUGUUUUUCGUGAGAUCACUGUGAAAAAUGGAUUUGUCUUGUGGAGAGAAUUUACAGAAUUCCGGUCACAACAGCAGUAGUAGUGGACGGACUAUGGAUAUGUGUAUCGCUGGACCUGAUCGGGCUUUGGACCGAGAUCCGAGGCUGCUGAUGAACCUCCUCACUCUUGAAAGAGUCCACGCACUGCACACUGAUUAUUUUCAACACGUUCAAAUUGAUAUACAGCCUUUCAUGAGGAAGGUUGUCACGACUUGGAUGUUGGAGGUUUGUGAGGAACAGCAAUGUGAAGAGCAGGUGUUCCCUCUGGCUGUGAGCUACAUGGACAGGUUUCUCGCCCAGCGUGCAAUUUCACGGCAACAACUACAAUUGCUGGCUGUCACCUCGCUGCUACUCGCCUCCAAGUUUCGCCAGUGUCAUCCUUUGUCGGUUGAUCUACUCUGCGCUUAUACUGAUAACUCAGUUUUCCCUCAGGAAGUCAGGCAAUGGGAGGUGAUGCUGUUGCAACGCUUAAACUGGCAGCUAUCAGUAGCAACAGCUUUCGACUUCGUUGAACCUCUACUAGCGAGAACCCCCUGGGGACGAACAAAUCCUCUCGUACGGACUCACGCUUUAACACUCACAUCCGUCUGCUAUACAGAGACGGAGUUCCUGUUGGUGCCGCCUUCGCUGAUCGCCGUUGCCUGUAUAACGGCGGCCGCCAGAGGGUUGAGGGUUCGGAUGACGAUCAACGACCUCUGCCUCCUCACGCGGACACCGGCCCCCGCCGCUGAACUGGUCGCACGCCACGUGGAACGAGUCCUCGCAAGAGAAACUCAACCUCAAGAGCCUAGGACGAGACACAUUCAACCAAUCAAACAGACCAACAACCAGACACAGCUGCCAGACACGCCGACCGACGUUCAGGACGUAAGAUUCUGAUGCUAAGUUAUAUCAUACCUUAUGUAUUGAUCUCGUCUGUAUUGAUGACAUUGUUAUUGUUCGCCUUGAAUAGGUCACUUUUUUUUGUAACGCACCUGGGUAAGGAGGUUUGAAAGAAAAGGUUUUUAUGUGUAUUACAUUUACCAUUCUGGAAGAGGAAGAUAUGUCCAUUGAUCUCAAAUUAAUAUUUAUGUAAAAUAAUGUAGCUCUAGAUCUAGUUAAUUUAUUAAUCUCAGACGACCAUAUUACGUUCCGACUUCAAGCUUUCGAUAUGCUCGUCUAUUGAUCUCCGUUAUCCAAAAAAUAUAUCUAAGAACUUUUUGUUACUAACCUGAAAUAACGCUGAGUUGAUGAUUUUUUUUUUUUUUUUGUAAACUAUGAAUUGAAGACGCAAAAUAUGAUAAUGAUAAUAAUAAAAAAUAUUUACACAUUUGUAUUAUAUAGUGUUUUAUAUUAAUUUUUCGCAUCGAAGUAAAAUGUGUGUCUUGAUUUUGUGUAGUUCAAUAAGAUCUCAGUUAGAUAAAUCGCAAAUGAAAUGACUGUACAAAAGGGUGUAACGUUUAGUCUGUAAUUUUAUAACAAUAUUGAUUGGAUGGUUAAAGUAAUUUAUACUACGUUAAGUUUAUUAAAUUCUAGUCAAGUUUAACACAUUCCUGUUUACGACCAAACCUUUAUAGUGUUUGUAAUAUUUAGUAUAAUUAGGUGUGUUAUUUGCUUAAUACGUUAUGUAUUUAUUAUGAAUUAAGAAUACUCAUCGAGGUUGUAGGACGGUUUCAUUAUUUCUAUUAUAUUGUGUAACUUGAUAACGAAGUAUUCGAAGCGCGGCGUUACGCGGUCUUGAUUUAAGUAAUUAGACAAAUUAAUGAACGUUCUCAUAAGUUUUCAUUUACUGUUAAUUUAAUUUAAGCUUUCUUAACUCGUAGUCUAUUUCAUAUCCUUGUUUCGCAUCCUAUUGUGAGAUUUUUUUUCAUAGAUUUGAUUAUUGGAACGAGUUCAGAGAGUUUUUUUGAUAAAACGCAUAAUGUAUAUAACUAUAUAAGUUUCUGUUAAACUACCACACUCUGAAAACAUUGUUAUCGUCUACUAAAUAUAUGUUAGUUGGUAAGACUUUGUCUUGUAAGAAAUGUACAGUUUUGGUUUUAUAAAUUAUAGAAAAACAAU